GAUCCUUGAUUCUUUAUCCUUUAUCCUUGAUCCUAUUCCUCAUAAUUACGAGUACUAUCUAUCUCUCGUGCGGGGUUCCAUUCAAUACUGGUAUUGUCUAUCUUUCUAUCUACGUAUUUGUAUGGAGGAGAACCACCACACCGACUAAAGCCUCAGCAUCCCCUCUCCAUCCUCCGCUACACCAAAUGAGCGACACCAAGAACAGCAUAUCUGCCAUCGACGAGGAAUCGCCGGCGCCAGUCGACCAGCCCACGGCACCCGAUCAGUUCGACGAGCGAUUCCAGACGACCAGACGGGAGAUUUGGGCAUACUACGCCUACUAUAUUGGCAACAAUGGGUUGUCUCUCUUCAACUUCGCGCCCACUGCGUUCCAGAAUCUCCUCUCCCAAGCGGCAGACGAGAACGACACGCUCGUCUUCGCAGGCAGCCGGCGGUCGGUCAACAGCAUCGUGUUAUUAUGCAAUGGCAUCUCGUUCGCCAUCCAGAUCGUGGUGUUUCUUGUGAUCGGGAGCUUUGCGGACUUUGGUACCUGGCGGCCGAACAUUCUCAUCGUGCUGUCGGUGAUGGCGUAUGCUGUCGGGUUCGCCUGGCUGGGCGUGCACACGGCCGAUCAGUGGCAUAUUGGAACAGGGUUAUAUAUCGUCGGCUUGAUCGCGUACCAGACUACGCUGACGUUCUGGACGGCGGCGUUUCCGGGGCUGGCGCGCAACACGGCGGAGAUGAAGACCAAGGCGGAGGAGUACGCGGCUGGAAGGAUCAGUCGGGAAGAAUACGACCUGGCGGACACGAUGAAGCGCAGCCAGCUGGCGAACGUUUCGUUCUACGUGCAGUCCGUCGCGGAGAUUGUCAUUCUGGCGGUCAUCGUGGGGAUCAUGUUCGGCGUGGACGUCGACGCCAGCACGGCGAAGAACAACUGGGGGCUCAGCGUGUUGAUUGCGUUUGCCAGUGGGGUCUGGCUGCUCGUCUCCUUGCCCUGGUUCAUUUUCGAGAAGAGACGGCCGGGCCAGAGCACUGAUGGCCGGAAUAUCGUCCUCGCAGGCUUGCAGCAGCUGGUUUAUGCCAUGAGGCAGAUCUGGAAGCUCAAACAGAGCUUACUCUAUCUUAUUGGCUACUUCCUCCUCGGUGACUCGCUGAAUACCACCGUCACCGUCAUUUCCACCCUACAGAACGAGGUAGUCGCCUACAACACGCUGCAGCUGGUGUAUCUCUUGAUUGUGGGCAUUGUAGCCCAGGCAGUGGGGAUCUAUGCAUUUUGGUCGAUCCAGCAACGCUACAAACUAGGCACAAAGACCAUGUUCAAUGUCAUUGCGUUCAGUAUCAUCCUGCUGGAUGGAUGGGGCAUGAUUGGGAUCUGGACCGAUAACUUCGGGUUUCACCACGUCUGGGAAGUUUGGGUCUACCAAGCGUUUUACGGCCUUGUCGUCUGCCCCUGGUACAGUUACUCGCAGAUCAUGAUUUCUGAAGUCACACCCCGAGGCCACGAGUUUCUCUUCUUCAGUCUCUUCAGUAUCAUCGGUAAAACCUCGUCGUUCAUCGGCCCGCUUGUCUCCAGUGCAAUUAUUGACGCCUCGCCUUCUGAUAACGCGUCUACCCCAUUCUAUUUUCUCUUUGCGUUGAGCGUUGUCAGUUUCGGCAUCCUGGUUGUGGGUGUGGAUCUGAAGAAGAGCCGGUUGGAACAAGAGCGGUAUCUGCAAGAGAAGUUAGCAGUGGCAGUCUCUUCAUUACCGAAAAAUCAGGAAUAGAGUCUUGGUGCCUGUUCUAGAAGUUUUGUCCUUUCGCUUGGAGAUAUACACGGAACUAGUACCUAGUACAUAAUAUCACCUGAAAUCAUCAUCCUCGACAAGCAUCUCUCUCCAAAUCAUCUCCAUAUCUCUGGAGCCCUGGGC